AUGAGGAAAAGAACUGGACAAAAGGAUCUUGUGAGAGCUGCAGUUACUAGAUUUGCAACUGCUUGUUUGACAUGUCAGAGCUUAGUUAAGCAUAAGGAUGCAUUGAAGCAUUUGUUUAUUUUUGAUGAGUGGAAGGGCUUUAGUUUUUCAAAGAUAGAGGCUGAAAAGAAAGUGGAAGAAACGGUGUUUGCUGUACCAUUUGGAACACUAUAUUCAAAGGGUUCUUUCGGGAGGGAUAUGGCGAUUAGACAACAGACAACCAUAAAUCCUAUUACUUGGUGGAGUACAAAUGGAGGUCAUGCUUUUGAGCUUUCAAUGCUUGCACGAUGCAUACUAGGCCUUUGUUGCUCUUCUUCUAGUUGCGAGCGCAACUGGAGCACAUUUGAGUUUAUUCAUACCAAAAAGAGGAAUAGACUGGAACAUUCUCGUUUGAAUGAUCUAGUCUAUGUUCAAUACAAUAGCCGCCUCCAAGAAAGGUUUCAACAAAGACGUGAGCUGGAAGGCAAAAACAAAAAAUAUGAUCCACUAAUUCUUAAUGAGCUGGAUUGGUCUAGUGAGUGGAUGGUUACCCAGCCAGUGGAAGAUUUAGUCCAUCCCAAUGAUGAUCUCACGUGGGACGAUGUUGGUAGAGCAAUGGGGGCAUCGAUUGAAGCCCCCAUUCUACCAAGGAGAACUCAAGCAUCAACUUUUGGAGUCGAUUUGAUAUAUUCACGUCGUGGACAUGGUAGAGAGAGAGGUAGCUCAAGGAGGGCUGAUGUUCAGGAUGACUCUGAACCAGAUGAAGACGAGGAAGAAGAGGAAGAUGAUGUGAAUGACGACGAGAAUGUCGUAGAUGACUAUGAGGGUAUCGAAGAGCCACGACAAGAAAAUCUGCCAAAUGCAGAUCUUUUAGAUGAAUAUGAUAAUUAA